AUGCGCAGCCUCACCCCGAUAUCACGACGCCUUCUCUCUUGUUCUCGCGUACAACGUCAAGAUACAGCCUUGUUCCGUAUUACCGCGCGGAGUAUACCCUCAGCAGCGAUCAUGACGGAAGCCUCACCGCGGAAACUGAAGAUUCUGAUGUUACAUGGCUUCACACAAUCAGGCCCCCUCUUCCGCGCCAAAACCCGCGCCCUGGAAAAACUCCUUAUAAAAGCUUUUCCCCCCUCAAAACCCUCCACUUCCCCCUCAACCAAACCCUCCACCCCUCCAAACCCAUAUCCCGGCGGCGUCACCCUCAUCUACCCUACGGGUCCAAUCCGUCUCCAACCCGCCGACAUCCCCGGAUUCUCAGUAUCAGAUGCCAGCGGCGACGCGCGGGAGGCGUGGGCAUGGUGGGUAAAGUCCAACUUCUCAGCUGCGAGCCAUCCGGGUGUUGAGGAGAAGGACGUGGAAUAUAGCGGACUGGCGGAGGGAUUAGGUGUGAUACGUGAUUGUAUAAAGGACAAUGGGGGCGUAGACGGUGUAAUAGGUUUCUCCCAAGGCGGAUGCGCCUCGUUAUUCGUAGCAUCCCUCCUCAACCCUGGACGAGCUGCGGCGUUUCGAGCGCAGAACAAAUCCGGUUCAGAUGCGCUCAAGUUUUUAGAAGGCUGGGAAGACCUCCAGCGUUUUCAAGAGGAGAAGGUCGGCGGUCUCAAGUUCGCCGUAUCUUACAGCGGAUUCUACGCGCCCAGCAGUCUCUACUCCGCAUUUUAUUCUCCGCCGAUCAGCACGCCGAGUCUGCAUUUCGUGGGGAGUCUGGAUAGUGUGGUGGAGGAGAGUCGGGUGUUGGGGUUGGUGGAGCGGUGCGAGGAGGGGACGAGGAGGGUGGUGUAUCAUCCUGGGGGACAUUUCGUGCCGAUUGGGAAGGAGAUGGCGGGGGUGUUGGUGGGGUUUGUGAGGGAGUGUGUGAUGCCGAAGGUGGUGGAGGAAGAGGGGGUCGAGGGGAUGGAUGUGCCGUUCUGA